GUUGGGGACAUCCAAACUCCAGAAAACACAGAAACUAGAUUGAGAUUGAGGUAGCUAGCCAGCCAUGGCCACUUCAACUCAUCCAAUAAUUUCAUGCCCCAACAACAUUUCCUUCUCCACCAAGUCUUCUCCCCGCAACUUUUCCAGACCUUCCCAAAUCUUUAUCAACCCAAGCAGGGCAGCUGCAAGACGUGGUGACGUCAAGAUCCGGUGCGCAGCCUCGUCGGAGGGUGCUGACGGGCAUCAAAACCCGGACAGCCUCUCUUCGGCGAAACUUGACCGGAGAAAUGUCCUUCUGGGCCUCGGGGGUCUCUACGGCGCUUACAACUUGGCCGGCGGCUCCAACCCCUUUGCCCUUGCCGACCCAAUCCCGAUCCCUGACCUUUCCCACUGCGGCAAAGCUAUCAUUUCCAACACCAAAGAUAAUGAAGAAGUGCCAUACUCUUGUUGCCCCCCUCCCUUCGAUGGCCCUUAUGUUGACUAUAAGAUCCCCACAUUUUCACAGCUUAACUGCAGGCCGGCUGCUCACGCCGUGGACGACGAGUACUUGUACAAGUACAAGACCGCCAUUCAGAAAAUGAAGGAUCUUCCCGACGAUGAUCCCCGAAACUUCUACCAGCAAGCUAAGGUCCACUGCGCUUACUGCAAUGAAGCUUAUAAACUCAACGAAAAGUCCUAUCAGAUCCACUACACCUGGCUCUUCUUCCCUUUCCACAGAUGGUAUUUGUACUUCUACGAAAGGAUCUUGCAAAGUCUGAUAGACGACCCAACAUUCACGUUGCCGUACUGGAACUGGGACAACCCACAGGGCAUGAUUCUCCCGGAGAUCUUCGACGACGACGAGUCGUCGCCGCUGUACGACACGCUCCGCAACCAGAACCACCGCAAGGGAUACGUGAUGGAUCUAGCAUACGCCGGCGAUGAAAGCUACGCCAGCGACUUCCAAAAGGUGAAAAACAAUCUUGCGGUUAUGUACCGCCAAAUGGUGACCAACGCGCCGUGUCCGUUGCUGUUCUUUGGCAAACCUCUUCGCGCUGAUAAUGACUGGGCCCAUUCCGGCAUGGGGACCAUCGAGAACAUCCCGCACAACUCUAUCCACCGAUGGGUGGGUGACCCUAGGGAGAAGCAUAAUGAGGACAUGGGUAACUUCUAUUCUGCUGCUAGAGAUUCGGUGUUUUAUUGCCACCAUUCCAAUGUAGACCGCAUGUGGACCCUUUGGAAGACCCUCGGCGGCAACCGUAAGGAUAUCGCCGACCCCGAUUGGCUCCAAACUGAGUUCCUCUUCUAUGACGAAACCAAGACUCUCGUCAAGGUUAAGGUUGCAGAUUGUGUGGACAACGAGAGGCUUGGGUACACUUUUGAGAAAAUGCCCACUCCAUGGAAGGACUUCAAGCCCACGAGGAAAAGAAAGGGAAAAUUGAAGAGAACUGCCAAGUCAGUAUCCGCAUCCACUACCGUGUUGCCGGCAACCUUGGACAAGAUUAGAACGUUCUACGUGACGAGGUCGCCGACAUCGACACCGGCGGGGAAGGAGGAGAUGCUGGAUCUCACAUUUGACUACGACGACACGCAGUUCAUACGGUUCGAUGUGUUCCUGAACGAGGACGAGGAGGUGAACACGAAGGAGCUGGACAGGAUCGAGUACGCCGGCAGUUUCUCCAACUUGCCACAUGUGCAUAAACCCACUGAUGACUCCAAUACUACUACAACAUCCACGAACACCACUUUUAGCCUGGCCAUCUCGGAGGUGCUUCAGGACUUGAGGCUGCAAGGUGACGACAAGAUUCUGGUGACUCUGGUGCCCAAAGCUGGGGGUAGUUUCGUCACGGUCACAGAAACCAAGACCGAAAUUAUCGAUUGCUAAGAUCGAUCUAUCCUAUGCCCGCGGCAUUAUGUAUGUUCAUGUUGUUCGUCUGCCUACGUACCGCACCGUACCCGUGGCGCUACUUGAAAUUAUAAGCUUAGGUGUUUUAUUGUUUGAUGUAAUAAUAAGUGCUCACUUUACAAAUCCUAUCAGUUCAGAGUAUGGGGGAUUUGGGACGAGCGAGAGAUUUCACUUUUGUGUGCAAGUAAUGUGUUAAUGCCUGUGUGUGUAGUGGUUUAUUGCAAUUGGGCUUCUGUAAUCAAUAAUUGUAAUGUCUCAUUUUCAGUGUAAUAAACGUUGCUUUUCUUUA